GGCCUCCUCUGGCCUGGCGGGGCUUAAGGCCCUUCCCUCCUUGGCUCCAUCCUGCUGGACAAGCUAACUCUGGGGCCUCCCAGGCCAUCUCCCAUCGCCAGGCCUUUGCCCAAUCUGUCCCUGCGCGGUCCUCAGGCCCUUCCCACCAGGCCGCCCGCUGGCUUUCGUGCUGAUUCCCGACACCACCUGCCUUGUGUGGGGCGCAGACGGCAGGGCUUGGGGGUCUCCCCAUCCUGGGCCUUGCUUCGCCCCUCCCCCAGGCACGGGCACACAGGGGGGUGCUGGAGCUCAUUUGACAGAUGAGGAAACUGAGGCAGGCGGGGAAGGGACUUCCAGGGGCUCCUUUCUGGUGGUGCCCCCGGGGUUGGCCUGCCAGAUGGGGCCCCCAGCGGGCAAGGCAUGCUGGGAAAGAGGGAGAGAAGGACCUGGCUCUGGCCCAUCGGUCUAGACUGACCUCGGGACGCCUGGGCCGUGCUCCCAGUGGCUCUCUGGCCGCAGAAGGACCCAUGGAAGGCCCCCGCUGCUACGGCCGGGACCUCUACGAGCAGCAGCACGGCCAGAGCCGGGACAAGUCGGUGGUGAACAAGAUGCAGCAGAAGUACUGGAGGACCAAACAGGCCCUGAUCAAGGCGACGGGCAAGAAGGAGGACGAGCACGUGGUGGCCUCCGACGCCGACCUGGACGCCAAGCUCGAGCUCUUCCACUCCAUCCAGAGGACCUGCAUGGAGCUCCUGAAGGCCAUCGAGCUCUACCAGAAGAGGAUCUGCUUCUUGUCCCAAGAGGAGAGUGAGCUGGGCAGGUUCCUGCGCUCCCAAGGCUCCCAGGACAAGACUCGAGCUGGGAAGAUGAUGCAGGCCACGGGGAAGGCCCUGUGCUUCUCCUCCCAGCAGAGGCUGGCUUUGCGCAGUCCCUUAUGUCGCCUCUACCAAGAGGUGGAGACGUUCCGGUACCGGGCCAUCUCGGACACAUGGCUGACCGUGAACCGCAUGGAGCAGUACCGGACCGAGUACCGAGGGGCCCUGCUCUGGAUGAAGGACGUGUCUCAGGAGCUCGACCCCGACUUGCUCAAGCAGAUGGAGAAGUUCCGCAAGGUCCAGGCCCAGGUGCGCCAUGCCAAACUCAACUUCGACCAGCUCAAGAACGACGUGUGCCAAAAAGUGGACCUCCUCGGGGCGAGCCGAUGCAACCUGCUGUCGCACGUGCUCACCACCUACCAGACCACCCUGCUUCAUUUCUGGGAGAAAACCUCACACACCAUGGCAGCUAUCCACGAGAGCUUCAAAGGGUACCAGCCCUACGAGUUCACUAUGUUGAAGAGUUUACAGGACCCUGUAAACAAAAUCCUAGAAAAGGCUGAAAAGGAACGAGCCCAGAAGGAAAGCCCAGAGAGGAAGCCCCAGCAGCCAGAGCAGCUGAUCUCACUGGAAGUGGAAAACCCCGACAAGAAAUGCGCCUUAACCGAGGACAGGAAGGGCGCCUGCACGGCCCUCGGAGCGCCGUGCCGCCGUGCCCAGUGCUCAGGAGCCAUCAGUGAACUGCUGGACCUGGGCCCGGGAGAGACAGGCGCCUCCUCGGCGGAGUUCGAAGGGCCGGACAAGGACGACAUGCAGCUGCUGCACGAGAUCCUCCACGCGUCUUCCCUGGACGACAGCGACUUCAGCAAGGAAUGGACAGCCGUGUUCGGGGACGAGCCGCCCCCGGAGCCCGAGGCCGCCUCGGGGCUAGCCGAGCCCGAGCCAGGGCCGCCGGCCGCUUCCAGCUUCCUCCCGUCGCAGCUGCUGGACAAGAAGAUGCACGAAGGCCAGGUGACCCUGCCAGGCUGGAGAGGGGCCCCGGGCAGUCCCCCGGCCGUCUUGAAGUCAGCGGAGGCCCCGAAGCCCGCCGGCCAGAGCGGCGUCACCCAGCUGGUGAAAGAGCCAGAGAAGGUGACCCGAGAUCUGACGGCCUGGUUCAGCCUCUUCGCUGACCUCGACCCGCUGUCCAACCCGGACGCCAUCGGGAAGACGGACAAGGAGCAGGAGCUGCUGAACGCCUGAGCGCGGCCGGGCCCGCGGCGGGGACAAUAAAGGAGGGGGAGGAGCCCCGUUUAUAUUGUUA